UCAUUUCUUCCUUUUCUCUGGCGGUGCAAAGAGCUCGUUCGCGAAAAAUUAGUGCUUGAAAAAAUAGUAAUAAUCAGAAAAAAUUACCAAAAACCCGUAAAAACUAUUAAACAUGAGUGCUAAAGUCGAAAUCAACGCAAAAACUCUCGCCAGCAAGGCCGUAAUUUUGGAUAUUGAGGGAACAACCACUUCCAUCUCCUUCGUCAAGGACGUUCUCUUCCCCUACGUCAAGGAAAAUGUCGAGAGUUUCUUGAAGGAAAACUUCCAGCAGGACGACGUAAAAGCCGUUGUUGCCCAAUUGCGCGAACAAGCGAUCGAAGAUGUCAAGGCAGAAGUUGAUGGAGCAGUUGCCAUUGCCGAAGAUACGGCCGACGAGGCGGAACAAAUUGCCAGCAUUGUCAAGAACGUCGAAUGGCAAAUGAGUUUGGAUCGCAAAACGGCCGCCCUCAAGACGUUGCAAGGCCUGAUCUACCCCAAGGGGUACAAAGAUGGCAAAUUGAAGGCGCAAGUGUACGAGGAUGCCGCCAAAGCGAUGGAAAGCUGGGUUGCUUCGGGCCACAAAAUCUACAUUUACUCGAGCGGAAGCGUCGAUGCGCAAAAAUUGUUGUUCGCCCAUACCGAACACGGCGAUUUGUCGGCACACAUUUCCAACUAUUUCGAUACUGCCGUUGGCGCCAAGCAGGAAAGCAAGAGUUAUGCUGCCAUUGCCAAGGAAAUUGACUUUGCACCCGAAGAAGUUGUCUUCCUCACUGAUGUCGUCAAAGAGGCUGAAGCUGCCAAGGAAGCAGGACUCAACGUUGUCCUCGUCUCGCGUCCCGGAAAUGCUGACUUAACUGACGAAGAAAAGACCCAAUAUCCCGUCGUUGAGUCGUUCGAAAGCGUUGCUCUCGAAUCCGUUGGCGGCGUAAAGCGCAAAAUCGAAGAAGUCUCCUCGGAACAACAACAGGAGGAAGCUCCCACAAAAGUUGUAAAGACUGACGAAGACAAAACUGAUGCUGCUGCUCCCGCUGAAACUCCCGUUGCGGAAGAAACUGCCGCUCCUGCAGCAGCUGAUUCGACCGAAGACGAGCCCAUGGUCGAUGUUGUCGAAUCCACAGCAACUGAAACUGCCACAGAAACUGCCGAAGCGGAAGCUGUCGUCGAAAAAGUCGAAGAAAAGACGGAAAAAGUCGCCGAGGAAACCACCAAUGGGCACACGAACGGCGAAAAAACCAAUGGACACGCCGAAGUCGCCAUGGAGGAAGACACAAAGACAGAAAAUGGCACCACAACUGACGAGGUAGUCGAAAAAGUCGAAGCUGCCACUGCCAAAUUGGAAGAAUCAGCUGAGGAACUCAAAGCUAAGAAACUCGCCGAAGCCGAGCCCGAAGUUGCACCGCCCGUCGAAACAGUCGAGGCAUAAUUUUGCUAAUUUUUUCGCCGCAAACAAACAUCAUAACCACUCCAGACUCUCUUUUUUGUAAUAUUAAAUAAGAAACAAAGUAGCUGUGUGUCUCUUUCUGUGAACAAAAACGAAAAUCUGACAUUUUUGACGAUUAGACAUGAAAUAAUUUACCUUUUUAUAUCAUUAUAUUGUAUUGUAUUACCUAAAACAUGACAAUUCAUCAUAAAUAUUACUAAAAAUAAGUAUUUAAGAAAUUGUAAUAAGGCCUAACAGCACACAUAUUACUUAACACAAUAAAAGACUUGAAAAUUCCUAAAUUAUUACAACAAAAACCGAAAAGUAUUCAAAAAUUCAUUCCUAGAAUCGAUUUUAGCAAAAAAAAGUAUUAAAAUUGUACUUAAAAAAAUUUUUGUAUACUUAAAAAAAAAAAUAAUUAUUAGGCGAUUAAUUUAUAAAAUAAAUAAAAAUGGACUGCAGUUAUGUGUACAACACAAAAAAAAUCUCACACAGGUCAAAAAAUAAAAAUCUUGUUAAAAAAACAAAAAAUUACUUGAUAGACUGAUACUCCCAAUACGGCUCUCUA